AUGAUGUCGUAUUUGGCUGCUGCUUGCAUACAUGCAGAUCCUGGCGGAGAUCUUCGGCACCUACUUCCUGAUCUUCGCCGGGUGCGCGGCGGUGGCGGUGAACCUGCGCACGGGCGGCACGGUGACACGUUCCCGGGCAUCUGCAUCGUGUGGGGGCUGGCCGUGAUGGUGAUGGUGUACUCCGUGGGCCACAUCUCCGGCGCGCACCUGAACCCGGCCGUCUCCGUCGCGUUCCCCUGGAGGCAGGUCCCCGCGUACGCGGCGGCGCAGGUGAUGGGGGCGACGACGGCCAGCCUGACGCUGCGGCUGCUGUUCGGGAACGCGCGGGAGCACUUCUUCGGGACCGUGCCGGCGGGCUCCGACGUGCAGUCGCUGGUGAUCGAGCUCAUCAUCUCCUUAAACCUCAUGUUCGUCGUCUCUGGCGUCGCCACGGCAACCGAGCCGUAA